CAUCACGUGACUGUGGGCGAAACCAAACUUGCUAGUGCAGAGGAGGAGGUGAGAGCAACGACUGAUGUUGACAGACACCAGUCUUACGAUGACAGUUUUCAAUUUAAAGACGAAUCGAUACUUGACAACCAUAAAGGAUAUAUAUUAGGUAUUCAACCGGAGUGGAAAUGCAAGACUUGAACCUACAACAAUGGGACUGAUUCCAUAGAGAGGCCUGGAUACCUCAGUGUUAGCAAAGAUGUCUGGAGGCAGGCUAUUCAGCAAGAUGCGGUCCGCCUUCAGGAGGGAGAGGAACGACUGGGACCUGAGCGACACCGAGCCUUUCGACUUCUCCAACGAGCUGGGGGACGACGAGACGCCCAAGUUCAACAAGCUCAAGGUGGUGGUCUCCGGGGAGAUGUCGGACUACUCCUCCGGGGCUAACUCCAACGGGGUGGCGGUGAACACGCUGGUGGUGUCGGCGGAUGAUGAUGACUCCUUGCUGGACUCUUCCUCCAGCCUGGGCAGCCCGGGGCUCAACAUGGACCCCUGCGAGAACUGCACCAAGAAGAGGGACAGCAUCAAACACAAGAAAGUGAUGAAGAGGCUGGUCAUGGCAGCUUUGCUCUAUUUCCUCUUCAUGACAGGGGAAAUUGUCGGUGGUUACUUUUCCAACAGCUUAGCCAUCAUGACUGACGCUGUGCACAUGCUAACAGACGUGGUGGGCAUUCUGUUUUCUCUGCUGGCCCUCUGGCUCUCCACCAAACCGCCCACGAGUAGAUUUACCUUCGGCCUGCAUCGUCUCGAGGUUGUAUCGGCAGUCCUCAGUGUAGUGCUCAUCUACAUCCUGACAGCCAUACUGCUCUACGAGGCCGUUCAGAGGACGAUACACCAAGAGUUCGACAUAGAUGGGGAUGUCAUGCUCAUCACUGCAGCUGUGGGCGUGGCUGUCAACCUCAUAAUGGGUUUCUUGUUAAACCAAGGUGGUCACGGUCACUCUCACGGCCACGGCCACUCACAUGGCCACGGUCACUCUCACGGCUCUGCAGCCGCCUCACAGUCGGGGGGGUCGGGGGGGCAGAGGCAGCAGGGCAGCCUGGCUGUCAGAGCGGCCUUCAUCCACGCUCUGGGAGAUCUGGUCCAGAGCAUCGGGGUGCUCAUAGCGGCCUACAUCGUCCGCUUCAAGCCGGACUUUAAGUUGGCAGACCCCAUCUGUACCUACAUCUUCUCCAUCCUGGUACUCGUCACCACGUUCCGCAUCAUACGAGACACAAUAGUCAUCGUGCUGGAGGGUGUUCCCAGGCAUCUGGACACUCUGAGAAUCAAAGAAGACCUCCUGAAGCUGGAGGACGUCCAAUCAGUGGAUGAGCUGAACGUCUGGGCGCUGACCACGGACAAGACUGCAGCUAUAGUGCAUCUGCAGCUGGCGCCCUCUAGUGCCAGCAACUGGGAGGACGUGCAGGCGAAGGCGCGCCACCUGCUGCUCCACACCUACGGCCUGGGCAGGUGCACGGUGCAGGUGCAGACACACAGGCUGAGGCCUGUGCGUACCUGCACACACUGCCUGCAGUCCAGUGCCUAGAGAGAGACUCUUCUGAACAGUGGCUGCCACGGAGCACUUCAAGACACAGGACAGCAGAGACACAGUAAACGGUAUGUACAUGCAAACAGAAAAAGACUGGUGCCAAAGGAAAGCAGACGCACAUUUCCAAUAGUUGGAUCACUUCAGCCGCCGGCGACCUCGCACAGCUUUGAGAGCUUGGAUGCUUUCAGAAAAAGGAAUGCUCUUAAUUCACCAUUGAAGCCUAUUUCAACUUUUUUGUAUUUUAGUGUUUGAUUUGUCACAACUGAUGUUUUAGCAUCAGAUGUACAUUUUACUUUUUGUUUCUAGGUGUGAGGACUUGAUUUUAUUUGUUUACUGAGGAUGUCUGCAAAUGAAAAGGUACCUCAUUUUCUGUUCAUUUGGAAAAACAACUUGUAUCAUUGUGUCCCUUAGGCAGACAUCACAUCAACUUAUCAAGCUUAGAAAUGAUCAAAGCAGUCUGAUCAACACUUCAAAACUGACAUUAUAUUUUAGCAUGGCUCUUAGCUACAUUUAGGCGAGCACACAUCUGACAAUCAAAGAGUGACUGACUUUGUAAAAUGGUUAAUGCUACAGUGUUAUGGUUUCAGCCUCAAUUCCUAAACUCAUUUUCUUUGUAUUCCCUAAACUGACAGUAUACUAAUGCAGACAUGUUUGUGAACCAGUAUUUCUGAUUUUUCAGUUUUCAACCUGCUGAUAAUAUUUAUAGUGUUUCCAGUGUGAAGUGUUGAGAGACUGUCGGGGUUUUAUUGUAAACCUUUUCCUAGUCUCUAAAACGAAUCAUCGACGGAAGUCAGGAACUGCAUCACCCUUUGUUUCUAAUAAAGUAUUACAUCUUC